AGCAUACCUUGCACUGCUACGCGGAAGUAAGUGGAUGAAUGCAAAAUGGUCAUCAGCACUCCGGAAUUCAAGGGAAUAUAAACGUAAAAAGCAGUAUGCGGGCUGUGUCUGCGCUAGUGUUCCUGGCCGUGGGUGUGAUGGUGGUGUUGAUGUACCAGGCGGUCCGCCAGGAGCUGACUCUGCGGGGUCUUAAAGCCCGCGCUCUGGAGAGCUCCUCUCAGGUCAAGCAGAAGGAGAACGACAUCGUCCAGGUCAAGAUGAAGAUCCAGAAGCUGAAUGGUGAGCUGGAGCCCAUCAACACCAAGAGAGACGAGCUGACUAAGAAGAAGGAGCAGUCUGCUAAAGCCACAGGCGAGGCGGACAAGAGUCUAAAGACCUGUCAUACAGAGAAGGCCGAUGUGGAGAAAAAGAAGACUGACGCGUCGGCGGCCCUUCAGAAAGUUAAAGAUGAACAAGAAGCACAGAAGAAGAAAGCUCAGGAGGAGAUCCAGGUGUUGAAACAGCAGAUUCUGGACCGGGACAAGGCACUGUGUGCGUUUGUGGACCAGACCAAUGAGGAAGGACGGAAGCUGUGUGGAAUCACAGAGGCCCCAAAAUGAAGACUUGGACUACACGAUCAGCCUCCAUCCCUCCCUCACUCACUCCCUCCCUCAUACUUGCCGUGAUGCACACACACCCAUACACAUCAUCGUUGUGCAGCUCAUAACAUUCACCACCUACAACCACCUUCACUUCACUGUACCUCUCAAUACUCAGGAAAAUAAAAAACAAGAAGGGUUUGGAAAACCCAGUCUGAAUGGCAUGUCUUCAUUACAUACAGUACACUGUUAGUUUAUGUAUACAGGUAAGGAAGGGAGACAUUACAUUAUUUAAUUAGUGAGUUUCAUCCUAUGGUACAGUACAUUAAUGUAGGAAUGACUGAAAGAGGUUAGGGCUAAUUCCCUGAGAGAUGGAGCAAGGUGUCUCUGAGGUGACUUCUGAAUGUUGCAAAGGUUCUAGAGAAGAGUUCUAGAGAAGUGUGCAGGUGCAUGCCCAUCUGGUUCAAUUGUCUAUUAAAUAUUUAUUAUGCAUAAAUGUAUGAUUGAUCUUUAUAGUGCAUAGAUCUAUGAAGGACCUUUAUAGUGCAUAGAUCUAUGAUUGACCUUUACAGUGCAUAGAUCUAUGAUUGACCUUUAUAGUGCAUAGAUCUAUGAUUGACCUUUAUAGUGCAUAGAUGUAUGAUUGACCUUUAUAGUGCAUAGAUGUAUGAAUUACCUUUAUUGUGUAUAGAUUUAUGAUUGACCUUUAUUGCAUUUGGGUGUGGUGUGCAUUAAUCAGAGUAUAACAUUGCCCUGUGUGCGUGCGUGUGGGUAUUGGGAAAAUUUAAGAUGAAUAAAGUGAAUAUUCAGUUAACAGUAAUUAACACAAUGAUUAGCAUAUUUAUAUGUUUUCCGUUUCUAUAAUACACAUGAUUUCCAAUGUUCUAUUUGUGACACACUUUUGUAUGGGUUGAUGGUCACUAGACCUGAGCUACUGAAGGUACAAGGACCGAGAACACACUGAUUAUUAUUGUAUUGAUGACAUUAUGAACACUGUGUGAUUCUGUAGCAGCCGGCAAAGUCACUGUCUUUGUAUUGACUCCAAGCCUCUCUGGUUGAUGUUUUAGAGAACAUUUGGUACUGUCUGAUUAGAAUAUGAAGGUUCUGUCUCCAAGAGCCCCGUUGGACAUUUUCUAUGCUUCUGUUCUGGAGGUGUCUCCCUGAAUGAUUGUAUUAAACUGAAUUGAUCUGAUUGAUAUUA